AUGGAAUCGACGUCCUACCUUGCCGCUCUCCCCUCUAAGAUCCUGCAGCUCAUCAUCGAGCACACUCAUGCCUCAGGCCACUGGCCUCUUGCACAGACAUGCAAGCAUGUAUAUCUUAACUCUCAGCCGAUCCUUAGCCGACAUCGCAAGGCGUACCAAGAAUUCAGGAUCAGCUGCGAUCUCGACCCUCAGACUGUUCCUAAUCUUUUAUGGAGUGCCUUAAGUCCGGGCGCAGCCUCGAUUGACGCUUGGCAUGUUAGAGAGUUUGAGGUCUGGACUGAUAGAAUAAAUGAUGAUCUCUGGGAGGUUGAUGCGGAUACUGGCGACCUCUGGGUAGUUGAGGAGAGGAAGCCCUGGUCAUUUCCCGACAAGGAUAUUGAUCACUUCUUCAAUAAACUAUACAAGGUGCCGGAUUUCUUCCCUCAGGAUGACAUAUAUCAUGUCCGAGCCCAGGAGGAGCUUGAAACAGGCGCAGAUGCCUUCCUUAAGGCCUUCUUGCUGGCCCAUCUGCCACGCAUCCAGGCCCUACGCUAUAUGGGGAAGCCUGAAUCAGAACAGGCGAACUUCAAAAACCUGUGUCUAAUGAUUUAUUGGUGCAAGCUUGCUGGUACCUGGCUGCCUGGACUUGAAGCACUUCAAAAGGUUUACGUGGGUGUAAACUCGCGUCGAGUUGGCGACACCACGAUUGAUGGCCAGAUCUUGCGACCCAAUCCCCCCUCGAGGGAACUCGAAGAAUUUUGUGCUCUGCUGUGUCUCCCGAACCUAUCUGAGGUGUAUUUUGCCCACUUGGACGGGAAUUCCGAUAUCAGCAGUGAGAUUAUGGAUCUCUUCCCAGAUGGCGUUCAGCCCCUGCUUGACAAGACAUCACCAGUCCAGACCAUAAUCAUCGACAAGUUACAAGCUAGUCUGAGCGAACAACUAAUGGACUUUAUAACCAAAGCCCCAAGCAGCCUCAAAAAUCUCGCCAUCCGGUUCGACCGCUUCAACGAGUACGGCAAUCGUAGAAGGAACGCCACCGUUGAUGGUAAACAAAGGUCCCAGGAGCUGACGCAAAAGCUCGCCCAGCACCAACACUCAUCUCUCCAGCGGCUUUGCUUCUACAACGAGCUCAUUUUCGGCGGACUAUCGGAUUGGAACUGGGUGGCACCAAGCCAACGUGUCAUGUUUGAGGAUCUUCGCGUGGCCUACUUCUCCUGGCCCAUCAUGGAAGAAGAGGUGGCGAGUCGAGCUGUAGCAGCGCGAUCCCGGUCAGAGCUUCUGGACCAACUUCUUCCAGUAUUUCGAUCUCAAUUCCCGGCCACGAUUGAGAUAGUAUACUUAGUCGGAUUCUGUACAAGUAUUUCCCAAUCUCCGGAGUUCGCCGACCCGCCACUAGAUUAUGUGGAUGAUGCAGUCGAGGCGAUGAUUAAAUCAGAGCGAUACAAGAAUCUCAAGGCGGUCCACUUGCGGGACAACCAGGAUGAGGAACCGGAUGAAACCCCUGGCUAUGUCCCCUUCCCAAAGACCAUGAAGGCGGCGGAGGAGCGGGGGGUCUAUGUUCAUCUAAAAGGCAGCAAGCCUCCAUCCUGGUUCAGCUUCAAGGGAGAGUUCAUCCCGAUACCGACAAGAGACUGCCUGGUGACGGGUCAGUUUUUGCCUGAGGAUGAAGACCCUUACCUUGCCUAUUGUACCUGGGUGGACCAAGGAAUGCCUAUGACUUUGGCCAGAAAAGAGUCUCCCCAAAUAUAA